AUCUGACAACAAGAUAUUGAAUGCCAGCCAACUCUACAACAAUACAACUGGUCGACUAUAACCACUGAUAUGCCAUCAUAAACUUCCUGGUUCUCACUGCUACAAGCCUUCUAUAAGCUUAAGUUCGGCCAUGAUUCUGUAUGCUGGGAUAAUCAACGUUUUCCUUGUGGAAAUGGUGUCCCUUCAGUCACUCAACGAAAGGAUAGAACGAGACACUGCUUGUUUUGGAACUGGGGACCAAUCUCUUAUUGACGCGAACUGUUCCUCGACAGAAAACUUAUAUCCUAUUGGUUUGUACGCUGGUGCUAAGCUCAGUACUAGUGUGUGUCCGCUAGAAAUGGAGUCUAACGCUACAGAUGGGCUGGUCCAGCAGUGUUGUAUCCCUGCCACGAACCAGGACUGUGUUGCUCUAGUGAAUACAUAUGUACCCGCCAUAGCCUCGGACUACUUGGAAACCUGUGUCGGUAGAACGGCGUGUUUAAGGCGCCAAGCAUCUCGAAUGGACGUUCUCAGUAUCAUCGAGUGUAAUUCAACUGUCUACCCUAGUCAGACACAUUACAUGUACCUCGACUAUCAGUGUGUUCCAGAAUCAAAAAUUGGUCGCUUUCCGUCCGUCGAUCUGACCAAUGACGGAGCCGGGUCACUUCUAUAUCUUCAGGGCAGUACUUAUCCCUUCCUGACGUCAUCCACAUCAAUGACAUGUUCUGUUGAAACAGACUGCUUGUCGACGGUUGAGAUAUAUGGUCUUCACGUGAACUUUCAACAAGACAAUGGGACUUGCAACCAAGCUCUGAUGAUUAACGACACAAGCGGUACGCUGUAUACUAUUGACUGUGCCGACAAUGCUGAUAAUGCUAGUUACAAACUCCGAAGCUUAGCAAACAGUUAUGACAACUACAUAGAAGUCUUCUACAGCAGUCUCUAUGCCAACCAAGGCCUUUUCUGGUUGGCAUUUAAGGUUACUGGCAAUUUAACAAUUAAUUGCCCUCGAAAAGAUCCAAUCAACGAAUGUUUAACUACUACACCGAUAACAACAACAACAACAACAACAACAACAACAACAACAACAACAACAACAACAACAACAACAACAACAGAAAGCACCACAACAACACCGGAAACAUCGACCACAACAACACCGGAAAUCACAACCACAACAACACCGGAAAUCACCACCACAACAACAUUGGAAAUCACCACCACAACAACACCGGAAAUCACCACCACAACAACACCGGAAACUACUGAAAAAACAGCAACAGCAAACGUCACGACUGGUAUAAAACCACCUUCGACAGAGGCGUCUACCGCUGAUACAGAUUCUACAAUGGUAAUCAUCAUCGUCGUCGUCAUCGUCAUUGUCCUUUUGUUAAUCUGUGCCGCGGUAUUAAUCAUCAGAUGGUAUAAGAAAAAUAAAAAUGCACGUGAUAAUGAGACAGAAGAGGAUGAAAAGGAUAUGGAACUGGGACAGGAUAAUGAGUGUACUGUUAUAACAUCAGACAUACAGAAUCAAGCGGAAAUUACCCCUGAGACAGAUAUGAAAUCGCAAAAUUUUACAACGAUAAAUGAUAUCCAGACCUACCAGAAUAUCGGCCUGGUGAUGCAAACAAAACUGCCAUCUUUAACUUUGACAACUGACGAAGGCCACCAGUCAUCUGCGUUGAAGAGUAAGACGUUUACAGACAGUAGCUUUAAAUUGCAAGACGAUGAAAUCAAACAAAAUGCGGCAAAUACAGCAGAAGGAGAUGGUCAAAAAAAACGAAAAAAGAAGAAAAAGAGAAAGACGAAACCAUGCACAGAAAACCUAGACGAUGCACCUCAAUCCAACCCAGUGAAUAUUCUGUCAACAGAAGAAACUGGUCGAGAAAAACGGAAGAAGAAAAAGAAAAAACGAAAAGAAUCUGGAAAUCAGAUUGCACCAGAUUUUUAUCCUAUUACUAAUGUUAUGGCAUGCGAACAGGAGACUGCACUCUCAUAUCACGUGGACGACCAGCAGGACCAGGAUAAUCAACCGAAUGAAAAGAAAACUCGAAAGAAGAAAAGAACGAAACGAAAAAAGAAAGAUGUUGUUGAAAAUGACAUUGAAGAAAGCAUUGAUAUUAAGGAAAAUAUUGGUGGUGAUCAAGCAUCAGUAAUUUAUGAUUAG